CAUUGGCUGUAUUAUGAAAGUGAUUAAAUUAGAUCGUAAAUAUGACAAUUGGACGGUGUUGUUACGAUUUUGAAAUUGAUUAAUUUUUGUGUAAUUGAGAAAACAACACGUGGAAGCGUUAGAAAUGUCGAUAAUUUAAGGAUAAUCGCUGUAUUUGGUUAUUUAUAACGUUAAUUUCAUAUAUUGAUAUGGGUUGUUUCCAUUCGAAGUCAGAAUCGAUUAAAAAUAAAAGAAAGAAUUCGUCUUCUACAAAAACUUAUUCUUGGGAUAACAAAGAAAAAGUCAAUCCCAAAGAUUAUACAAUUGAAAACUUAAAAGGAGAGACUGCUGGAAAAUUACCAGGAAGUGUAAAUGGACAACAGUUUAUAAUACAGAACUGUGAAAAUUCUAAUAUUUAUAUAUUUGAUCAUAUAAACACAGCAACAGUUGAUGAUUGUAAAAACUGCAAUGUUUUUAUUGGUCCAACUAAAGGAAGUGUAUUUCUGAGGGACUGUCAUGAAUGUAGAUUUGUUAUUGCUUGCCAGCAAUUCCGUGCUAGAGAUUGUAAAGAUCUUGAUGUAUUUCUCUGUUGCUCUACACAGCCAAUAAUUGAAUCGUGUACAGAAAUGCGAUUUGGUUGUUUCUGUUUUCAUUAUAAAGAAUUAGAUGAGCAAUUCAAAAAAGCUUCCCUUAGUACAUUCAACAAUAAUUGGAAUAAUAUACAUGACUUUACUCCUACUGAAGUAGAAGAAAAUUGGAAUCUUUUACCAAAGAACAGAAAAAUAGAAGAAUUUUUUCCCCUCCCAUCAUCAGAGGAACUUUCAAGUGUUCAAAUUAGCAUGGCUCCACAUCUGAGUGUAGUACCACAAACAAAUAAUAUAGGAGAGUGUAAAAUAACUGAUGAGAAUUGUCUAGUAGUAUUCUUUCCUGAUGGACAAGCGCAGAAACGAGCACUUUCAUAUAUAAGAGAAUUAAAUAAAACAUCGAAUGUGUUAAUCAGAACAAAAGAGAUUAAAUUAGACGAAAGUCAAGCUGAAAGGAUAUUUGGAACAGACUCUUACAAUGGUGUUGUAAUAAGGGGACCAGUAUUCUCAUUGGAGUACAGUGGAGAAAACUGUAUUAAAAUUUGUCAAGAAAAAGCAAAAGCAAUUGCAACAGAAACAGGAUCUACAGGAUUAGUAUAUGUCAGCAGUUCUGCAAAAACAGCUUGUAAACAAGUUGAAGCUUUAUUUAAUUAUGCUGAUAUACAGUUAUCAAUAUAGAGUUAGAAUUAAUGUCUACAUAUUCUAAUAUUAAUUCUAACUUUCUCAUUGAUUAUAUGAUUCAAAUAUACAUUUUUAUGAUAGAUUUUAUUAGUUAACAAAACUAAACAGAAGUUAUACUGUUAACUAUGAAGAAUCUUAAAUAAUAUAAAAAUUAUUGGUUAAUUUAUAAAAUAAACAUUACA